GGGCGCGAGGCCAUCGUCAAGCUGCUGCUCGAGAAGGGCGCCGACGUCGAGUCCAAGGACAAACAUGGUCGGACGCCGCUAUCGUGGGCCGCCGAGAAUGGGCGUAAGGCCAUCGUCAAGCUGCUGCUCGAGAAGGGCGCCGACGUCGAGUCCAAGGACAAAGAUGGUCUGACGCCGCUAUCGUGGGCCGCCGAGGAUGGGCACGAGGCCAUCGUCAAGCUGCUGCUCGAGAAGGGCGCCGACGUCGAGUCCAGGGACUUUUUUGGUUGGACGCCGCUGUCGUGCGCCGCCGAGAAC